AUGGCGGAAGAUUCAAGUGCCAUCGUAAAAGCCCUCGAAAGAGUCCUACUCCGCCUCAGCGAGAACCCCUAUCCCCAUGUCCCUAAUCCGCAAGGCUGUAAGAAACGAGCCAGUGUCGCCGCCAUCAUUCGCGUCCGGCCUGCCUACAGCCCGGUUCCUUCUACCAACGACUCGCUCGUAGCAGUCAGCCAGCCCGCGUCUCCUCCGACCUCAAUCGAAGAGUUCUUUUCACAAGACUGGGUCCAGCAAGGCGACCCCGAACUCCUUUUCAUCAAACGUGCUGGUCGGGCUGGAGACAGAUGGUCCGGGCACACGGCACUGCCAGGUGGGAAGCGAGACCCGGAGGACGCAGAUGAUUUGGCUGCUGCGGUGCGUGAAACAAGAGAAGAAGUCGGGUUGGACCUGGAUACGGUGCAUUGUCUCCACGCAGGCAAUCUUCCCGAGAGGCUGGUCACCACCUCGUGGGGCAAAGACGUCCUGAUGGUUCUCUGUCCCUACAUAUUCCUGCUUACCGAGAAGACCUCUCCUUGGAUCCAACCCCAACCUACAGAAGUGGCGUCGGUACACUGGGUUUCGUUGCGUGCACUGUUAUCCCCAUCACUCCGAACCACAGAGGCGGUGGAUAUCUCGAGUAGAAUGGCCAAACAUGUCGGCCCGCUCCUACACAGAUUGAUACGCCUGACCAUUGGCAAGAUGCUGUUCAGCGCAGUCCGGCUUGUUCCCACUGAGUCCAUCUAUGCCAGCUCAAUCCCCGGCUUCAUCCCUACGAAAGGCAUCGACAAGCCGCCCACGAUAUCAGGCUGGGCGCAAGCACCAUUUGGCGUUCCUUCGUCCUCUCAGUCCCUCUCCCAUCAACAGCCCAUUCUACUCUGGGGCCUAACCCUCGGUGUCCUGGCCGAUCUCCUCGACCAGCUCCCGCCCUACAAUGCUGUGGCACUGUGGCGCUACCCCACCUUCACCGUCCCUGACCUUCGCCUGAUUGUUUAUCUCAUGACCUGCCAGUUCAGAAAAGCUUCUGCAGAGUCGUUGUCUUCAGGCUCUUGGGCCAGCCAGACAGCCGUAGACGCGACAACGCAAGCAACGGCUGUCACGGCAUCUGAGCCGCCAUCCACGGUCUCGGAAGCCGAACCCCUCACCCUCACAAAGCAGCUGUCCUUUGAGAAGCAUAGCGUCGGAAUCGGCGGAUUGGGCGUGGGCUCAGACCCUCAGCAUGCUGUUGGGAAACUUCUUCACGGCUAUUAUGACCGCGUUAACGUUGCAAUUGCUGUGUUUUUAGCAUAUCGAACUUCGUUCGCGGCCGGCAUCGCCUUCUGGGCCUACAGGCUAUGGAAGCGACGACAAGCUGCGAGUCUAUGA